AUGGGAAACAAAGUUGUGACAUUCACGGAACAACAACUGGAGGACUAUCAGGACUGCACCUUUUUCACGAGGAAGGAAAUAUUAAGAGUUUUCAAACGGUUUCGAGACGUAAAUCCCGCAUUGAUUCCUAAGAGCAUGACCGAAAACCAAGCUCACACUAUUCUUGUACCAGUUGAAGAAAUAGAAAAAUUGCCUGAACUAAAAGAAAAUCCAUUCAAAAGACGAAUCUGCCAGGUUUUCUCUCAUGAUGGUUCUGGUAACCUCACAUUUGAAGACUUUCUGGAUAUGAUGUCAGUGUUUAGUGAAGCCGCGCCACGGGAUAUUAAGGCAUGGUAUGCCUUCAGGAUUUACGAUCUAGAUGACGACAAGUAUAUUGGGCGCGAGGACCUACUGGAAGCUACCAAGCUCCUGACAGCUGGGCAGCUGCAUGAAGAUGAACGAGAGGAGAUAGUGACAAGUGUGUUGGAUGAGGCUGAUGUGGAUGGAGAUGGGAAACUCUCCUUCAUGGACUUUGAACAUGUGGUGGCUCGGGCCCCAGAUUUCGUGUCUACUUUCCAUAUUAGAGUCUAA